AUGAAACAAGGAAAUCAAAGCAUAGUGACAGAAUUCAUCUUGAUUGGAUUUUCCAGUUUCCCAGACCUGCAGGUCCCACUGUUUGUGGUGUUCUCCAUCAUGUACUUGUCCAUUUUGGCUGGAAAUAUCAUCAUUAUUGCUACAAUAAGGCGCGAGUCCAGCCUCCACAUCCCCAUGUAUUUCUUCCUUGCCAUGCUCUCCAGUUCAGAAACCUGCUAUACAUUCAGCAUCAUCCCCAAUAUGCUUGUAAAUCUUCUGAAAAAAAUGGCAACUAUUUCGUUCGUUGGCUGUGCUAUUCAGAUGUAUAUAUUCCUGACCUUUGCAAACAUAAACUGUAUGCUUCUCACAGUGAUGGGUUAUGACCGAUAUGUGUCCAUAUGUAAGCCUUUACAUUAUCCGAUUCUGAUGAAUCAAAGAUUCUGUACUAAACUGGUUGUCUUUACAGUAGCCAUGGGUUUUCUUUUUUCUACAAUGGAAACGUAUUUCAUUUUUAUCUUGCCAUUCUGUGGGCCGAAUAAAAUUCAUCACUUCUUUUGUGAUUUAGCACCUUUACUUCAGCUGGCCUGUGGCCGAAAUUAUUUUGGUGAAAUUGUCAUUUUUCUUAUUUGUUUUUUAAUGGUAUCUUGUUCGUUCCUUCUGAUUCUCCUGUCAUAUCUUUUAAUCUUAAACACAAUUCUGAAAAUCCCCACCACAGACGGGAAGCGCAAAGCUUUUUCAACUUGUGCUUCCCAUCUCAUUGUGGUGGUGGUGCAUUUUGGAUGCGCUUCCAUUAUCUACUUGAGGCCCCAAUCCAGGUACACUUUGAAUGAGGACACCUUAAUCUCGGUUACAUACACACUGUUGACUCCAUUGCUGAAUCCUGUCGUUUACAGUUUGAGGAACAAAGAUGUCCAAGUAGCACUCAGGAAAUCUCUGGGCAGAAGCAUGUGUAUCCAGAAGAUGUGAACAGCAUUUACAGUGAA